ACCAAGAAGAAGAAGGAACCAAAGUCACACAAGCCGUGUUUCCACGCGAGCCAACCUUUUACAUCGGACUUCUGAGGGCAAUGCUUGGGGCACUGUCAUAUGCAAGCAAAACACAGAGCUGUGGCGAUCAAACAUGUGGAUCGCAAAACGCCUCCUGACCUCCAUCUUCCUCAAAGGACAUUACAGUCUGUUCUGUCGCCCCCCGAGUUCCUUGCCUAAAUAUGAGCUCAGAUUUUUGCACUGCACCUGCUGCAGAAGGAACAGAACCAUGAUCUGUGGACUUGACUCCUUGAAUGCACCUGUUUCCUCUGAAUUAUGCCAAGAAAAGGACAAACCCUUGGACUUGUGUUAUACCGCAGAGCAGCGUGCUGUCAUCCUCCAGUGCCUCAAUACAGCCACAGAGUCAGAACUGGAAAAGGUCAAAUUGCUACGAGGACGGAAAGCUGUUAACAUUGUCAAACACAGAACCACACAUGGACCAUUCAACAGUCUGGAGAGUGUCAUGAAUGUACCCUUACUGAAACACAAGAGUGCUGUCAUAGUCUUUAACUCUAUCCUUAACCCAGCAGACAAGAAAGAGAGGAAAAAGGGAAAAGUCCAUCUGGCUAAAUUUAUAAGACCUGAAGUUGACCGAGCUCUGUUGGAGGAUGCAAGCUCUAUAGUGUCCAUUGUUUGUGGUACUAAUAAAAUUGCAUGGACACACAUGGAUCGUGCAAGGACUGUCUUAGACUGGCAGCAAGCAGAGUGCAAGAGUUUUAUGAAAGGAAUGUACAUGGCAUCCGAUUAUUUGGAAGAUAUCUCCAUGGUUAUUUCAAGCUUUCCUCCUGCUGACUUUUUUCUGGUGGAAAAGCCAGGCGUCUCUCCCCAGAAUACUUCUCUUUAUCCAGUCUUGGUCCAUCUCCGAACAGUAGAGGCCAUGCUAUUUGCUUUACUCACUCCAGUGAGGGAACCAGGAAGCCCCCCAAAAGUCCUUAACAUGAUGCGCACAGCUGUUGGCCGCCAUUUCAACUUAAUCGUGGGAGAUUGUCGGACAAGUGGAGCGGAAACAGUGAGGAAGAUGAUGACGGAGUCUGUGAUAAAACAAGAUCCACGUGUUCUUUUUCCUCAUGAUUUAGUGUUAAAGCACAGAAACUCCUUUCAGAUGAGUAGUAGGAACAGAGGGGAAGAGCUAUGUGAUGCUCUCCUGCAAGCGGUUGCGUUUUUCGAACUCCUGCGGGAGUGAAUCGCUACUGGUUGGCUUUUUCUCAUUUGUUGGGCAUUGGAGCUCCUUCUCCCUUUCACUGAGUAAAGUUUUGUUCAAUGCUUUCUCUGAAACAAAGACUAUAUAUAUAUAUAUAUAAAUUAAUUUGUUGCUUGUACCUGA